AUGAUGAUGUUUGCUCUCUCCAUCAUGGUCAGUGUUGGCAUUGGCAACUUGCGAGAGGCAUUCUGCUCAACACACUCCCCAAAAGACAGCUGGGAAGGCUAUAUUAAUAUCAGGCACAAGGAUGAGGCUGCCCCAGCCCGCCCUUGGGGGGUCAAGUGCCAGAGGUCCCGCCGCGGGGUCCCCCCACAACCCCAGACCCGCCGGCUCCCGAGCACUGCGGACGCUCGUCUGCCUUUGGCCAACCCCAAACUCCCCUGUCCUGUCGCACUGGACCCUAGGGAGCGCAAAGACUCGGUGAUCCGAGAAGCACCACCCAGGAGAAGGUGUACCCUGGGGGAAAGAUUUACAGACCUGGAGGCAAGGUUAUGGGCCAUAGUUAGGGCAGUCUCUGACAGAAGUUGUGUCUAUUCGUCUAAGGGACUCCUGCCAGUUGGGAGGCAGAGUUUUGGACCCUACAAGGUUCUUGCAGGAACUAUCCUGGCCAUCUUCGCCCAUUUGGUUUCCUUUUCCCGCUCGGGUCCUGCGUUUAACAAAGCCCACGCUUGGGCAGCGACCUCGCGCCGCCGACGCCCCGCGGGAAGCGCGCGCCGCCCGCCCGCACUCCCCGCGCACGCGCACACGCCCGCCCGCGCGCGUCCCGCCGCUCGGCAGCUGGGGAGCCCAGUCCUGAGGAGAAAGCCCGAGGGGACAGCCGCCCCUCUCCCCCCUCCCGGACGGCCCGCAGCGCCCAGCCACCAUGAGCGCAGCGGCACGGCCCUGCCGGGGGCCGAGCCCCUUGCGCCCUGCAGCCGGGCGUCGUGUUCGGAGCGCUCCCCGAGAGCCCUGUCCCGGUCCCGGGCGUCUGGAGUCGGGCCUGGCGGGGAGGGUGACCGCGCGCGCUUCCCGGGAGCUCCGACCCUCCAGGGCGUCCGCGGUCAGGACUGUCGGGUCGAGGAGCCAGGCGACGCGCCCCGGGAGCCUGUGCCCUCCCUGCGGCUUUUCUCCGCGGCGGCGACGGCCGUGCUUGGUUGUCGGCCGCCCCCGGGCCGUUCCCGGGCGGCUUCUACGUGGCACGCGUCGCCUGAGGCCCGUCGCCUUCCUCCCCUUCCCGGGACCGCAGCUGCCAUUCCCCCCGAGGUGGACAGACGCGGUUUGGCCGCAGCCCUGCAGUUGUCACCUAGGUCUACUACUGCCAUUUUGCCUUUCCGAUUCUGGGUACUUGUUAUGCUGAUCGCCUAUACCUCUGGGCUGGACGUGCCAGAAGUUGCCAGCAUUGAAAUUCCUAAGGACUCCUUGAAGGCCCUUCUGUUGGAGUUAGAAUGUCACUUUACAUGGAAUUUACUUAAGGAAGACAUUGACCUGUUUGAUGUGGAAGAUACAAUUGGGCAACAGCUUGAAUUUCUCACCACAAAAUCCAGACUCACUCUUUAUAACCUAUUGGCCUAUGUGAAACACCUAAAAGGCCAAAAUCAAGAUGCCCUAGAAUGCUUGGAACAAGCAGAAGAAAUAAUCCGGCGAGAACAUUCAGACAAAGAGGAAAUACGAAGUCUGGUCACUUGGGGAAACUAUGCCUGGGUAUAUUAUCACAUGGACCAGCUCAAAGAAGCUCAGAAGUAUAUAGACAAGAUAGCAAACGUUUGUAAGAAAUUGUCUAGUCCUUCUAACUACAAGUUGGAGCGUCCUGAGAUUGACUGUGAAAAAGGGUGGGCACUCUUGAAAUUUGGAGGAAAGUAUUACCAAAAGGCUAAAGCAGCUUUUGAGAAGGCUUUGGAAGUGGAACCUGACAAUCCAGAAUUUAACAUUGGCUAUGCCAUCACGGUGUAUCGGCUGGAUGAUUCUGACAGAGAGGGGUCUAUAAAGAGCUUUUCUCUGGGUCCUCUGAGGAAAGCUGUUACCCUGAACCCAGAUAACUCCUACAUUAAAGUUUUUCUGGCACUAAAGCUUCAAGAUGUACAUGCAGAAGCUGAAGGGGAAAGGUAUAUUGAAGAAAUCCUGGACCAAAUAUCAUCCCAACCUUAUGUCCUUCGUUAUGCAGCCAAAUUCUACAGGAGAAAAAAUUCCUGGGACAAAGCUCUUGAACUUUUGAAAAAGGCCUUGGAGGUGACACCAACCUCUUCUUUCCUGCAUCACCAGAUGGGACUUUGCUAUAGGGCACAAAUGAUCCAAAUCAAGAAGGCCACGCGCAACAGACCUAAAGGAAAGGAUAAACUAAAAGUUGAUGAGCUAAUUACAUCUGCUAUAUCUCAUUUCAAAGCAGCUGUGGAAAGAGACUCUAUGUUUGCAUUUGCCUACACGGAUCUGGCCAACAUGUAUGCUGAGGGAGGCCAGUAUAGCAAUGCUGAAGACAUUUUCCAGAAAGCCCUUCGUCUGGAGAACAUAACUGAUGAUCACAAACAUCAGAUCCACUAUCACUAUGGCCGCUUUCAGGAAUUUCACCGCAAAUCGGAAAGUACUGCUAUCCACCAUUAUUUAGAAGCCUUAAAGGUCAAAGACCGGUCGUCCUUACGCACCAAAUUGACAAGUGCUCUGAAGAAAUUAGCUAUCAAGAGACUUGGUUACAAUGCUUCAGAUGUGCAGAGUUUAAGUGCUCUAGGGUUUGUUUACAAGCUGGAAGGAGAAAAGAGGCAAGCUGCUGAGUACUAUGAGAGGGCCCAAAAGGUAGAUCCAGAAAAUGCAGAAUUCAUUACCGCUCUCUGUGAACUUCGACUUUCUAUUUAA